AUGAUGUAUAGUGAACUCAGUAGUAAUCCGGGACCUUCUUCACAAACUACUGCUGUUAUCCAGGUUUUUGAAGAUAUCUCCUCGAAAAUACUUAAAAUACGUCUACUGGCAAAUGAAUUGGAAACGCUAAACAAAAGUAUAAGCAUAACAGGAAAUUCAAAGGCUCAAUCCGACCUUCUUAAUAAAAGAGAAAAAGAUGCUCUGGAACUGGUUGACGAUACUAAAAACGUGUUCAUUAAUCUUUCGAAGCAGCCUUUAUCGGAUCAGAUAACGAAAAUUCAUGUUGAGAAGCUCAAAGUUGACUUUCAGCGUGUACUUCAUCGGUUUCAAAGAACUCAAGCUGAAAUCAAAAGGCGACUGCUUACUGAAAGUCGUCCAACUUCCUCAAUUGUUGGAGAUUUGAUUAAUUUUGAUUCAAAUGAUACUGAUGCAGGACAGUUUAUUCAAGCACAGAUCUGCACCCCACAAGAUUAUGAAGUUCAGGAAUUGGGACUAGCGUUAAAUCAGGAGGAUCAAAUGCGUUCUAUAGAGGAAGAUAUUGUGAAUGUAAAUGCAAUUUUUCAUCAACUUUCUGAAUUAGUAUAUGAACAACGCAGUGCUAUUGAUUCAAUUGAAGACAAUAUCGAAGUAGCAUUAGCUAAUGAACAGUCUGGUCAUUCAGAGCUAGCAAAAGCUGCUAAUAGACGACAAAGAUCUCGAAGAUGUUGUUGCAUAUUCGUAGCCGUUUUAAUUGUGGCUUUUUUAAUUGUGAUAAUUAUAUUGGUGAUUGAAUAUCCUCCAAAGCGAACUCAGUAA